CGAAGUGAAAAUAAUGUUACAACAGUACGAGAUAAACUCGACGGAGCUACAUUGUGACAUCACCAGUACUACCCCUUUUUCUGUGAAAGACAUUUUGAACAUGAACGUACAGCACGAUAGUGAAAUUUACAUGAAUAAUUGUGUGAAAAAGGAACCUUGCCAGUUUUGGGACGGUUCGUAUUUUGUGAGCAAUGAACAGUACAAUAAUAAUUACCAUUUUGGUAAUGACGCUGACAGUUACAUCAACAAAGCGUACUGGAAUUGUGAUAAUGGUUACGGACAAGGAAAUUCUACACAUCUGCAGCAUAUGAAUAAUAUGUAUGUCACCCAUAGUGGCGUUUCACACAGAAGUGGCAGUGGGAAAGAGGAAGAAUAUGCCAAAAUUGACAGUCCAAAAAUUCCACAUGUGACUAGUUCGAAAACAGAAUUACGGAAAUCUGGACGACAAAGGGCGAAACGGAAACCACGUGUUCUUUUCACGCAGGCGCAAGUGUACGAGUUGGAGCAGAGGUUCAAGCAGCAAAAAUACCUUUCUGCUCAAGAGAGAGAACAAAUGGCACAAGGAUUGAAACUGACACCCACGCAAGUCAAGAUCUGGUUUCAAAAUAGAAGGUAUAAAAGCAAAAGGCAAAAAAUCGAAAAAGCGGAGCUGAUGGAAAAAAAGAGCCCAGACGCAAGUGUCACCAGUUCGAGUUUCUGUUUGGGACAACAAAUUCCUCAAGGAGCUUACGUCUACCAAAACAAUGGAGCUUCUUACGAAUAUAACGAAUAUGUUUGUUCAGAGAGGUAUAAUAAUGACUUGAGUUUGUCAUUCAACUGAUGCAUCAUGCAAAAAAGUCACAAGUCUUUAUGAAAUUUGUAUUCCAUUUGAAUGACAGGUGAUGAAAUUCUGGAAAGAAAGUUUGUGAAAGAAUAUAAUAUACAAGAAGUGCACUAUCUAAAGAUAUACAUUUUGAGCUGAACUUAUUCGUUCUCAAAUCAUGUAGGUGUAGCAUCAAAACUGAAGAACUCUGUCAUUUCGAGUUUCCUUUCAAUCUAAAAAUUCAAGAGAUAUCUAGACAGACUAUAUUAUAUCAUUGAAACUUGGCUAUAUACAGUCUGUCCAAGAUAAGGUUGAACAGCAUGGGGAUCUCGGAGACGGUAGGAGAUACGAAGUCGC